UGUCAGUGUGUUUAUUCACUCACAGGGAGGAAGGGUAGGAACUACACAGGCUUACAUACUGAGCCGCCAUGUCUGCCUGGGGAUCUCUCUAUGUAUUUGCCUCCAUCCUGUGCUGUAUUGUGGUGAGAGCCCAGCAAGCAGCCCAACUGUGUGACCAACCUGAGCUGCAGAACGGAGAGUUCCGGUACUGGUACUCAUUCCCGUCAUCUACACUGAGAGCGAUUGAGUAUAGCUGCUAUGAACAUUAUGUUCCACUCAACAAGACCAAUGAAAAUGACACAUACGGCGUAGCCAGAUGUACUGAGAAUGGAUGGGACCCACGGCCCAAGUGUUUGGGAAAGCCAUGUAGGUGGGCGCCGGCGGUGGAGAAUGCAAAUAUUAUAGAAUUAAAGGCCAACUACACAGACGGCGAGAGUGUAAAGUUUGUGUGCAAUGCUGGCUAUGAGAUGGCGGAACACAGCGAAGCACAGUGUCGGAAUGGCCAAUGGAUUAAUAUCCCUACGUGUGUCUCUUUACUUUGUGGCCCUGCGCCAAUCGUAGGGAACGCGAGGCUCGUAUCUGGGAAGGCCACUUACCGAUCUACGGAAAAAGCAACGUACGAAUGUGACAGCGGUUUUGUUUUUCACACAAAUAAAGAAGCUCUUUGUAAAAAGGGGCAGUGGGUCGAAAUCCCAGAAUGCAGAAAACAAGGGCAGAGCUGCGGGCCCCCGCCGGUGGUACAGUUUGGCGACAUAGUAUCCCCCAGAAUGGCUUCCCAUUUGCACGGCUCAGUAACGCACUAUGUGUGCGUAAAUUAUUAUGUGCUUGAAGGAAACCCCCGAAUGACGUGCAGAAAUGGAAAAUGGGACGACCCUCCGGUUUGUAUAGAGCCUUGUGUUUUGGGUGAGAAAUACAUGAGUUCCAGCAAUAUUGCGCUUAGAUGGACUGCGGCUAAGAGACUGUUCCUCAGGCACGGAGACUUCGUUGGGUUUCGCUGUUUAGACGGAUAUGAGAUAUCUGAUGGAGCGCUGCUGAGAGUGCCAUGUAUUAGGGGCACAGUCACUUACCCCUCCUGUACGAAACAAGGGCAGGGGGAGAGCUGUGGGAAACCGCCAGCGGUGCGCUACGGAGACACGUUAGAGCCGCAAAUGAAGUCCCAUACGCACGGCUCAGUAAUGACUUAUAAGUGCCCAGAAUUCUAUAUACUUGAAGGAAAAGACAAAGUCGCUUGUAGGAAUGGAAAAUGGGAGGAGCCGCCGGUCUGUAUCGAGCCCUGCACUGUGUAUGGGGAAGAGCUGAAAGAGAACCAUGUCAGUAUGAAAUGGAUUGCUAGAGACAAGCUGUACAUGAGGCACGGGGAGUUUGUGGAGUUUGAAUGUACAUAUGGCUACGAGAUACCCGACAUGGCGCAGCUAAGGGUGCAGUGCAAUAGCGGAGUGCUCCUUUAUCCUAAAUGCCACAAGUAUGAGGGCUGUGGGUAUCCACCGAAUGUGCCGAAUGGAGACGCAAUAGAAGAAAGAUCAUCUUUUUAUGCACAUGGGGCAUCUAUUGAAUACAGGUGCCCCGAAUAUUAUACACUUGAAGGGCCCAGCAGAAUUACGUGCAGAGAUGGGAUAUGGGACGAUCCGCCAGUUUGUAUAGAGCCUUGCACCGUGUCCGAUAAAGACCUGAAGGCAAAUAAUCUCCGGCUGAAAUGGAUAUCUAGGCAGAAACUGUACCUGAGGCAUCAAGACUUUGUUGGAUUUGUUUGUGUAUAUGGAUAUGAGAUACCUGAUGAGAAGCAGCUACGGGUACAGUGCCGUAAUGGCGUCCUUCCUCUCCCUACAUGCCAUAGAUCCGGGUAGCCUCGAUGUACUAGCGAUUGCGCCACGUUGGCAGGUUUAGUUGGACCUUCUCUCCCACAAGAGACACGGGCUGGAUUUCCAAGGCUUGUAUUUUCUAGUAUUUUUAAAUAAUAAUAAUAAAGUUUUUGAAAGCAAACUA